AUGGCAGCCAAAGCACCAGCUGUAGGUAUCGACUUGGGUACCACAUACUCAUGCGUGGGAGUUUUCCAGCAUGGUAAGGUGGAGAUCAUCGCCAACGACCAGGGCAACAGGACCACGCCCUCAUAUGUCGCAUUCACAGACACCGAGCGUCUCAUCGGUGAUGCCGCCAAGAACCAGGUGGCGAUGAACCCCAACAACACAAUCUUCGAUGCUAAACGUCUCAUCGGCCGCAAAUUCGAAGAUGCCACAGUACAAGCAGAUAUGAAACACUGGCCUUUCGAGGUUGUCAGUGAUGGUGGCAAGCCAAAGAUCAAGGUCUCAUACAAGGGUGAAGAUAAAACUUUCUUCCCUGAAGAAGUUAGCUCAAUGGUGCUCACAAAAAUGAAGGAAACAGCCGAGGCCUACCUUGGCAAAACGGUGCAGAAUGCAGUUAUUACGGUUCCAGCGUACUUCAACGACUCACAAAGGCAAGCCACAAAAGAUGCGGGUACCAUCUCUGGCUUGAACGUUCUCCGUAUUAUCAAUGAACCGACUGCUGCUGCGAUUGCGUACGGCCUUGACAAGAAGGGUAGUGGAGAACGUAACGUUUUGAUUUUCGAUCUCGGUGGCGGUACCUUCGAUGUGUCCAUUCUGACCAUCGAGGAUGGUAUCUUCGAAGUAAAAUCCACUGCCGGUGACACUCACUUGGGAGGAGAGGACUUCGACAACCGUAUGGUGAACCACUUCGUGCAGGAGUUCAAGAGGAAGUACAAGAAGGACCUCGCCACAAACAAGAGGGCUCUUCGACGAUUGCGUACUGCUUGUGAAAGGGCGAAGAGAACGCUCUCUUCAUCUACACAGGCUAGCAUUGAAAUCGAUUCUCUCUUUGAGGGUAUUGAUUUCUACACAUCCAUCACCAGAGCUCGUUUCGAGGAACUGAACGCUGAUCUGUUCAGGUCCACCAUGGAGCCUGUUGAGAAGUCGCUUCGUGACGCGAAGAUGGACAAGUCACAAAUCCACGACAUCGUACUUGUAGGUGGUUCUACUCGUAUUCCCAAGGUGCAGAAGCUUCUUCAAGACUUCUUCAAUGGAAAGGAGCUUAACAAAUCCAUUAACCCCGACGAGGCUGUAGCAUACGGUGCCGCUGUACAGGCCGCCAUUUUGCACGGUGACAAGUCUGAGGAGGUCCAGGAUCUGUUGCUGCUUGACGUGACGCCGCUGUCUCUCGGUAUCGAAACCGCUGGUGGUGUCAUGACCACUCUCAUCAAGCGCAACACUACUAUUCCGACCAAGCAAACUCAGACUUUCACAACCUACUCAGACAACCAACCCGGAGUACUCAUCCAGGUAUUCGAGGGCGAGCGUGCAAUGACCAAGGAUAACAACUUGCUCGGUAAAUUCGAGCUGACUGGUAUCCCCCCUGCGCCGCGUGGCGUGCCUCAAAUCGAGGUCACCUUCGACAUCGAUGCUAACGGUAUCCUUAACGUAUCUGCCGUCGAGAAGUCUACCAACAAGGAGAACAAGAUUACCAUUACCAACGACAAGGGCCGUCUUUCAAAGGAGGAGAUUGAGCGUAUGGUUAACGAAGCCGAGAAAUACAGGACUGAAGACGAGAAGCAGAAGGAGACCAUUCAGGCUAAGAAUGCCUUGGAAUCUUACUGCUUCAACAUGAAGUCCACCAUGGAGGACGAGAAGCUCAAGGACAAAAUCUCAGACUCCGACAAGCAGACAAUCCUGGACAAAUGCAACGACACUAUCAAGUGGCUCGACUCCAACCAGCUGGCUGACAAGGAGGAAUAUGAGCACAAGCAAAAGGAAUUAGAAGGUAUCUGCAAUCCUAUCAUUACCAAGAUGUACCAGGGAGCGGGUGGUAUGCCUGGCGGUAUGCCUGGAGGCAUGCCUGGAUUCCCUGGCGGCGCACCCGGUGCCGGAGGCGCGGCUCCCGGUGGCGGUGCCGGACCUACCAUCGAAGAGGUAGACUAA